GCGCAGCCUCUUCUACCUGCACAACGAGCUGGGCAACAUCUACACGCACGGGCUGGCCCUGCUGGGCUUCCUGGUGCUGCUGCCAAUGACCAUUCCCUGGGGCCAGCUGGGCAAAGACUGCUGGCUGGGGGGCACCCACUGCGUGGCCUGCCUGGCACCUCCUGCAGGCUCGGUACUCUAUCACCUCUUCAUGUGCCACCAAGGAGGCAGCCCUGUGUACUCCCGGCUCCUGGCCCUGGAUAUGUGUGGGGUCUGCCUUGUCAACACCCUCGGCGCCCUGCCCAUCAUCCACUGCACCCUGGCCUGCAGGCCCUGGCUGCGCCCGGCAGCCCUGCUGGGCUACACCGUGCUGUCGGGCGUAGCUGGCUGGCGCGCCCUCACUGCCCCCUCCACCAGUGCCCGUCUCCGAGCCUUUGGUUGGCAAGCUGGUGCCCGCCUGCUGGUCUUCGGGGCCCGGGGAGUGGGGCUGGGCUCCGGGGCCCCAGGUGCCCUGCCUUGCUACCUGCGCAUGGACGCACUGGCGCUGCUCGGGGGACUGGUGAAUGUGGCCCGCCUGCCCGAGCGCUGGGGACCAGGCCGCUUCGACUACUGGGGCAACUCCCACCAGAUCAUGCACCUGCUCAGCGUGGGCUCCAUCCUCCAGCUGCACGCAGGCGUUGUGCCGGACCUGCUCUGGGCCGCCCGGCAUGCCUGUCCCCCGGACUGAGCUGCCCUGCCCGCCAUGCUGGCCAGCCUGCCACCUCUGGAAACAAGCACCACGCUUCCCUCCUCCUGCGGGUCUGCAAGUCUGGCUCCCUGGACCAUCCAGCACAUCGGACACCCUCUAGCAGCCUCGUCCUUCAUCCACUCCUUCCUGUGGACUCUGCUUCUGCUGCCCCCGCCUCAAGUUCCAGCUCCCUUCUGCCUUCUCCAGGACCAUUUUGCUGCAUCAGCUAGAAGAAGACGUUUCCCUCUCUGAGCCUCACUUUACCCUCUGUGACCUGUAAUGAUGGUUUAGGCCAAGACUCUGGGUCACAUCUUGCUCUGACAGUUCUGCCGGCCUGAAGCCAUCACCCCACCCUGCCCUCAUGGCCUCUCCCAAGCUCCUCCUGGGCACCUGGACCAGCCCUCCAGCCCACGUUUCCCAACUCUAUCAUUUAACAAUUUUUUUGGCCAGAGGGUGUAUACACUCGCCAGAGAGACCAAGAGAUGGGAGAGAGAAAGCACCCCGAGUGAGUGUGGCCACGACACGGUCCCUUCUUCAUUCUCCUUCCAGUCCAGAUUCAGAGCACGCACGCACACACACCCGGUGUUUCUCAAGCCGCUGGAUCUGGGACUUGGGCCGACUGGCCAUGUGGAAUCACUCCCUUAACUACCAUGCCAUAGGGCACCCCGACUCCCUCUCUCUGCCCUGCAUGCCAGCCCUCCCAACAGCUAGAAGCUCACCCACCCUUCUCCCAUCUGUCCACAGACAUGGAAGAAGGGGUUCAGGGCACAGGACUAGCCCCUUCUCCCAAGAACAAGUGGGCACUGACCCUUCUUGUGCCAGCUGGCCAGAGGGCAUGAGGCUGCUGCUGCGCUCUCUAGACCACUGGCUCAGAUGUAGAGUUCGGCAGCCCUGGCUGCAGGCCCCACUACAUCGUGGGCCCGCCCUCCCUCCUGACUGGCAUACUGUGCCCACCCGGGAAGGCUCUGUGCCCCACACAGCAUGUGGCUCCAGUCCGCUGGACCAAGGCCCAGGUCCGCAGCAGGGCUCACUCAGGGCCAUCCCAGGGCCUGAGCCCCUGGACGACAUCAAUAAAGGGAUGGGAAGCACAGAGUUGCCACGUGAGCAGGCUUGGGUGCUCCCAAGUUCCAAGUACCUUUUAUUAGACAAGGCCAGGCAGAGGGGACCAUGAGAACUCCCAGAGGGACCCCAGCUUUCGAGGGGGCGGGAGGGAAAGGAAUAAAAGGUUAAAACCA